AUGGCUCACUUUUCACUUCUAGGACAAGCCGAGGCGAUCGGUGGAGGAUGGGUGCAAAAUGAUGAGGCCACCGCUCACUAUGUUGACAUUAUUGAUCAAAUGACAUUGGGUUAUGAACACCUGAAAAGCCUCUUCGGAGAGUGCGGCGCCCCACAAGCAGCCUGGCAAAUUGACCCGUUCGGGCACAGCCGCGAGUUCGCCAAUCUUGCAGCUCAGAUGGGCAUGACUUCAUUGUGGUUUGCCAGAAUUCAUUACUUGGACCGAACCCAGCGUCGCAUUCAGAAGAAUCUCGAGUUCAACUGGGUCGGAAACGAUGAACAGAAAAAAUCGAUUUUCACGGGAAGCUUCUAUUCUCAUUAUGGCCCACCAGACAAUUUUUGCUUUGACUCUGGAUGUAAUGAUGAGGAAAUCAAUGAUGGAAACGUUGACCGACGAUCUCGACAAUUUGCGGAUGAAGUGAAAGCACAGUUGGGCAAACAACUGACCGCUCACUUUAAUUUGAACGACGAUGCCGCUUUGGAAACAGCAAAGAGAGCCAGCGGACUUGUACAACAUCAUGAUGGAGUCAGUGGAACAGCCAAGCAAGUGGUCACUUACGACUACCAACAGCGCUUGGACAAGGGAGUGAGACAGCUUGAGACGAUGAUCAACGAUGCUGUGAAGAAGUCCUCAACCGGAACCCCACCCACUUACACUUUGUGCCUUUUGAGCAACGAGACUGUUUGUGAUGUCAGCCAAAAAUCUGGAAGCUAUGCCGUUACCGUAUUCAAUCCAAUCGGCAGAACUGUGAGCUCGUUCGUUCGAGUUCCUUUCUAUCACCCAAUCGCCUCAGUCGCCGAUGAUACUGGAGCUGCCGUCAAAGUGCAAAUUGUUCCAACGUUCUCGAUUCCUCCUUUAUCCUCGGCCAACAUUGCCCCUUAUGAGCUCUACAUUCCCGUCCAACUAGAUCCAGCCGGUUUCAGGACUUAUUUCGUUUCUGGAAGUGGACUGUCUGGAAGGCCACCAAAACAAAGCAACGCGGAACUUGCCUACCCGGAAAAAGUGAUUCAACCAAGUGAAGCUGAUACGGUUUCGAUCGAAAACGAUUAUGUUUCUCUUCAAUUCGACGCAAACGGCUACUUGUCUUCGGUUCAAAACAAGAAAUCGGGAACUCGUCGCAAUUUGAAGCAAGAGUUUCUCUAUUAUGAGAGCAGUGCCAACUCUGCUCAACCCUCUGGUGCCUACAUUUUCCGGCCAGCUGCUCAAACGACGAAAACUUUGAGCACAUCAAUUACUACUACCGUUGUCAAGGGCGCCUCGGUGCAAGAGGUGAGGCAAAAGGUGACCGACUGGGCUUAUCAGACGAUUCGCCUCUACACUGGACAGCCACAAAUUGAAUUCGAUUGGGUCAUCGGACCGAUUCCGAAAGAAAACAGCAACCCAAUCGGAAAAGAGAUCAUCACUCGAUACACAACGGAUAUCAAAACAAAUGGACUCUUUUGGACGGAUGCAAGCGGAAGACAAGUGCUCCAGAGAACAUGGGACUCCUAUCCACAAUUCCAAUAUGAGGACACUGAGCCAAUUGCCGGAAACUAUUACCCAGUCGUCAACCGGAUCUUCAUGAAAGAUAACACAAAUCAAUUGACUGUGCUGACCGAUCGUGCCCAAGGAGGAAUGGCCAGGAAUGGAGCGCUUGAAUUGAUGCUUCAUCGUCGUUGUUUCCACGACGAUCAUUUCGGUGUCGAUGAAGCUUUGGAUGAGCCUGGAAAAGACGGAAAGGGAUUAGUUGUUCGUGGACAACAUUGGGUUCUUUUCGAUGAACCGGCGGUUGGU